AAUUUAAAUAUGCUCAUGUUGCUGGACUAUAUGUAAAUAGGUAUACCGCAACAUGGAUUUUAUAUUGAUUUUCUUGAUCGGAAGUUUAUUGGAGUGCUACGAAGGAUACGUUAUUAAAAAAGGUGACUUUGGUCAGCAUUGUAGCGAUGGAGAUAAUCCGGUCCCUUGGUGGUAUAUAUACAAGCCUCCAGCAGGCGUGGUCCAUCCAAGCGGGCUGAACUUUAGCUUCUUAACGCCGGAUACGGAGGGCCGCUGGAUUCAGUCGCUGUACGACAUCACUGAGGCCGAUAUGCUGAGUAAAACUUUGAUGCCAGAAUAUAAGAAGCGAUCGUCACACAAGGAUCGCGGUAGCAGAGCCAUGAUUAUAUUCCAGGCACGUCACGGCGCCCCCGGGUCUUCGGCGCGAGGGGUCAUUAUAGCAGAUGAAAAGGGCGGGUUUCUGAUAACACAUACUGUGCCCGGGUUCCCGCAGAGAUUUAGUUCAGUCCCCUUGUUUCCAUACCACGAGGCAGAAAGCGGACACCUAAUAUCUUGUGUGUCUCUGGAUCUUGACGCUCUGAACAAGGUCGCCCGAGGAAUAAAAGAAAUCGCACCGAACAUCACAUACUCAUACACGCCUGAAGCACUAACUCAUCUUCUCCCAGAAUGGGACUUCACCAGGCCUUUGCAGACUCUCUCUUCCUUCAGACUACGCCCAUCCAUAUAUUCUCUUAUACGAGUGAACAGAACCAGAACGGGGGAGAUCCCUCGGCUUCGUAACACAUCGUUCUAUUAUAGUAGCAGUGGCCCUGUGGAAGCGGUGUUGGUGGCUAGGCCGUCGGGAGUGAAGAGUUGUAUCUACUCUUCGUUUGCAGCGCGACAGCUAGUCAUGUUAAAUGUGUAUGGAAGAUCGCGAAGCACGUUUCUCACUACGACGUGCAGUAAGAGCUUUGGCGUCCGCAACAUUGACUUAAUCUCCUUCAAAUACGAAGGUACGGAAGGGCCCAUAUACUACGUGCCGACAUCGAGUGCUGACAGUACAUGGUUCGCUGUCAGCACGGCAGCCCACUGGCAGCAACGCGGCGAGGGCCCGCGGCAGUUCUGGGUGUGCACUAGCCUCCUUGACAAGGAGGAUAUCACGGGAGCUGGGGCGCUCUUGUUGUGCUUGCAGAAUUAUAAUUUGUGGGUAGCGUUCGACAAUUUGAAGGUCUCUGAGCCUUCUUGUGAUUAGUUGUUAGACU